AUGGGUUGUGGUAAUUUAUCAAGGAUAUUAUUAAUUGUCUUCAAUUUUAUCUUUGUGUUAUCCGGUUUCGCGGUGAUCGGUUUGGCGGGAUAUAACCUCGCUACCUACUGGGAUAUAGCAACAAUUGCUGCGGAUAGCGCAGUUACUAUCGGAACUAUUCUCUUGCUUACUGCUGGUAUUAUCACCACUCUAGCUGGCAUAUUAGGCUUUUGUGGUUCACUUAAUCGGCAUCCAGGAAUGCUACUUGGAUUUUUUAUCCUAUUGCUUUUAAUAUUUGGAUUUGAAGUAGCUGCCGGAAUUUAUACGGUUGUGCAUCGCCAAGAGGUAAUAGAUGCAUUAAGGACUAAAUUAUCUAACGAUAUUCAAAAUAAAUAUACACCUAACAAUCUGGGUAUUCAAAGAGGACUCAAUGCAAUUCAAACUCAGUUUAAAUGCUGUGGCUCCAGUAACUAUACCGAUUGGGCAAGAUCAACCUGGGGUGCCGGUAAAACUAUCGCUUAUCCAGUACCUGAUUCUUGUUGCAAAGUUUACGUUCCAGGUUGCGGAUUAGAUGAAGUACAAAGAGGUGGUGCAAAUCUAACCGGAAUAAACCUGAAUGGUUGCGUUCAAUCAGUUUCUAAUACAAUAUCAGAAAAUGCCUACAUUAUUUUGGGAGUUGGUGUCGGUAUUGGUGCCUUGCAGAUCUUCGGUAUGGUUUGUUCCAUGAUUUUAUAUUGCGACUUAAAAGAAGAUAAAGAUUAA